GAAGGCAACUCCCUCGCCGGAUUCAUGGACAAGUGGCCGGGACAGGGGCAAGUGCCUGGGCCUCAGUUUUCUGCCUCUGUAGCGCUACCUCACAGGCUUUUGUGAGAGCACUCCUUGAGGUGACGCGGGUAGCGGCCCGUGUGGGGCCCGCGCGCGGGCAGUCACUCUGUGUGCGGGGCGCCGGAGGGAGGGAGCCAGGCCCGGGCCGCAGGCUGACCCUGCUGCGGCCUGAAGGAGUCCCGGACGGUGGCCUGGGUGGGGCCUUCGCGGCCUUCAAACUCAGGGGCUGCUCCUUCUUGGAACAUUGAUUUCUCCACCUCUGCCUCCCCAGUCUUUUGCUUGACCAAACUCUCCGUGGCCGCCAGAUCCCUGACUUGGUAACCAUGUGUGACCGAAAGGCCGUGAUCAAAAACGCCGACAUGUCGGAGGAGAUGCAACAGGACUCGGUGGAGUGUGCAACUCAGGCGUUGGAGAAAUAUAACAUAGAGAAGGACAUUGCGGCCCAUAUUAAAAAGGAGUUUGACAAGAAGUACAACCCCACCUGGCACUGCAUCGUGGGGAGGAACUUCGGUAGUUACGUGACACAUGAAACCAAACACUUCAUCUACUUCUACCUGGGCCAAGUGGCCAUUCUUCUGUUCAAAUCUGGUUAAACGCAUGGACUGUGUCACACACCCAGUGAUCCAUCCAAAACCAAGGACUGCAGCCUAAAUUCCAAAUACCAGAGACUGAAAUCUUCAGCCUUGCCUAGGGGAACACCUCGAUCUUUGAACCUUUAUUGUGUUGUUUUGUGCAGGGUAUUCUCUGUACAAAUUUGUUGUGGUUAUAAAACAAUUAGCAAAACAGCUUACAUUUGUAUUUAUUUUCUAUUCCAUACCUCUGCCCCAUGUUUUUUCUCCUCAAAAUCCAUUCCUUUCAAAUAAAUCUGUUGGAGAAGUG